CCUUCUGUUGAUUUUGAUUCGCUCAACCUGAUAACGACUGGAUCAACACACCACCAAAACCAGCAAAAAAAAAAAAAAAAAGCUAUUACAUCCGGAUGCGGUGGGCCCACACCUUUCCGGCCCCACCUCUCAGUGUAACAAAUCGCCACCCGUUUCCUCUUCCCUCCCAUGGCGCGAGCGAGCAGCCGCAGGUAGCCUCGGGGUCUCCUCCUCCCGCAUCACCACGAAUCGUUGCCUCGUAACAACCGUCAAAAUCAAAUCGAGUCCAAAGUGGCAGGCUCAAUCCGAUCCGCGAGAGGCCUCCUCCUCCUCCUCCUCGAUCCAGAUGGCCAUGGCGGCGGCGUCGGUUCUCGCCGCCUCGUCCUCCUCCUCCCCUCCUCCGCUCGCGCUCGCGUCGUGGAGAUGGAGGCCUCCGCCGCCGCCGCCUCUUCUGGCAGUUGCAGGUGCAGCUCGCGGAGCGACAAAUCCCAGGCUCGCUCUCCGCCUGAGCGCUGCGGCGUCUCCUCCGGUUACCGGCGAAUCUCGCGCCAUCGCGGGGACGGGGCGGUGUCUGGUGGCGCCGAUGGGUGGGGACGAGACGGAGCGGGAUGCGACGGCUGCGACGGCGCCAGACUGGGGCGCGCUCGCGAGGCGGCUGGCUCUGGGCGCGCUGGGGUGCGCCGUGCUCUGCUGCGGCGGUGCGGCGGUGGCGGCGGAGGACUCGAUCAAGGCGUCCGGCUUCGGGCUGCGUGUGGCGGCGUCGCUGCGGAGGCUCGGGUGGGCGGACGAGGCCGUCGUGUUCACGCUCGCUACGCUACCGGUGAUCGAGCUGCGCGGGGCCAUUCCGGUUGGGUACUGGAUGCGCCUCGACCCCAUCCGCCUCACCGUCCUAUCCGUUCUCGGGAACAUGGUGCCUGUGCCAUUCAUUAUCCUCUACCUGAAAAAACUUGCAGCAUUUCUCUCUCAAAGAAGCGCAUCUGCAACUCGGAUUAUGGAUCUUCUCUUUGAGCGGGCGCGGCAGAAGGCUGCACCUGUUGAGGAAUUUCAAUGGCUUGGUUUGAUGCUGUUUGUGGCUGUACCAUUUCCUGGAACUGGAGCAUGGACUGGGGCAAUAAUUUCAUCGGUUCUUGGCAUGCCAUUCUGGUCAGGUUUUUCAGCAAAUUUCGUGGGCGUUGUCUUAGCAGGACUGUUGGUAAAUUUGCUUAUGAAUCUUGGUUUGAAGUAUGCCAUUAUCACUGGUUUAGUUCUGUUCUUUUUAUCAACUGUCAUGUGGGGUGUCCUUCGAUCCCUCAAAAAAUCACUGAAUGCUAAAUGAUGUAAUGAACAUGCAACUAUUUUUUCGUUGUAAAGAAGAAUUCACCCUUGUGAGGGAAUUCUAGCUGUAAACUUCUCCCUCUAUUUUUCCUAUUAUACAAAAUGAAAAUGCUUACCUUUGAGGCC